AUGAAGUCUGAUCUAGAAGAACUAGAAUACAGCAGGGCAAAAACGAAAUUCACACAGACAUGGCAAGGUACAUUAUGGCGUUGGGUGGAAUGGAUUUUUGCUGUCUAUUGUAUCUACAAGUGGAUUGCAACAACUUGCAAUGUCCUAUUCAACAGAACAGGUUCUUCUGAUCCCAUUACAACCAUGUUAUCGAUCUUUCUAAGUCAACAGGAUGAUCCUGUCGAUACUGCCUUUUGGUCUCAACAACUAAGCUUUUGGUUUGCAGGCAUGAUUGUUGUCGGUUCUAUUCGUGGCUUUCUUAAACUAUGGAUACGUCUCCUGCACUUGUUUCAACUCAAUCUCAAACUAGCCCCUAGUCACAUGUUGCUCUUUACAGCACACAUGAUGGGCAUGUAUUUCUUAAGCUCAGUCUUGAUGAUGCAGAUGAGUUUACCAACUGAAUAUCGUUAUCUCUUAUCCACAGUUGAAUUUGACUUUUUUCGACAUUGGUCUGAUGUGAUUGUUGUUGUCUCUUCAUGUGUAUCAUGUAUCGUGAUGUAUGUGAUCUACAGUACUCAUGAUGCUAAAAGUAUGGUGAUUGACUUUGCUGAUGUCCAAUUAGUUCAUUUGGAAAGUGGGAAAUAA